AUGGCCGACGGUGACAUGUCUUCCGCUACCAAAAGUUCGUCUGCUCAAGUUGAGCAAGGUCAAGGUGGUACCGUCAACGUACCGACUCCGUAUUCUCUGUUUGCAUCCGACAACCCAGGAGCACUGAUAACAUCGGUGAUGUUUACGGGUGACAACUACAAUGAGUGGUCCACAGAGCUAGUUAAUGCACUUAGAGCUAAACGGAAGUUAGGGUUUAUCGAUGGAACAAUAUCAAAACCUGCCAUUGAUGAUCCCAAAUUCGAGCUCUGGUCGUUUGUCAAUUCCUUGAUUGUUGGCGGGAUUCGGUCGUCCAUUGAAGCCAGGGUACGAUCAACAGUCACGUUUAUCUUCGACUCUCACAAGUUGUGGGAAAACUUGAAGAAGCGUUUCUCUGUGGGAAACAAAGUUCGUAUCCACCAUCUUAAAGAACAGUUGGCGUCGUGCAAACAAGAUGGACAGUCAGUAAUGGAUUACUUUGGUCGGCUUGCUAAGAUGUGGGAAGAGCUGGACGCAUACAAACCUCUUCCACCUUGUACUUGCAGUGCAGCAGCUGUCUACGAGAAAGAAAGAGAAGAAGAGAAGGUCCAUCAGUUCCUUAUGGGUUUAGACGAGUCGCGGUUUGGUGUUGUGUGUCAAGGAAUUAUUGCAACAGACUCUUCUAUUGAUUUAGGUGAUGUGUAUUCUAGAGUCGUUCUUGAGGAGCAGCGUCUUGUCUCUUCAAAAGAACGUGAAGUCCAGCAGAGUGCAGUCGGUUUUGUGGCUAAGAAAGAAGCAUCCGACACACAAAAUUCUGGUCAAACAAGACGACUAGUAGGUUUCCCCGACUGGUGGGAAGAGACACCACCAACCCGAGGUAAUAACAGAGGAGGAAGAGGCGGUCGUGGUCGUGGAGGUUACAGCUCAGACCGCAACAAGACUAACGGCAAAAAAGUCCACAAUGCUCAUGCUACUUCUUCGAACUCAUCAUCGUUUCCAGUGUUCACCGACGAACAGUUGAAAGCGCUCACUCAGAUGAUUAAUGAGAAAAACAGAUCGACUGAGAGGCUGACUGGUAAGCUUUAUGGUGAUCUCAUUCUAGACACUGGUGCCUCUCAUCACAUGACAGGAGAGCUCUCGUUUCUAGAAAACAUCACAAGUAUUCCGUCUUGCCCAGUUGGGUUUGCAGACGGGUAUAAAACUUAUGCGACCCACACCGGCGUCUUUCGCUUGUCCAAUAGCAUUACGUUGCAUAAUGAUCGUUUCACGAGGAUGAUGAUUGGCGCAGGUGAAGAGAGAGAUGGGGUUUACUAUUUUAAAGAUGUUAUGGCUGCACGUGUUGAGGUUUCUGACAAGUCUACUCGCUCAGUUGAUCAGUUUCUGGUUGAUGACUUCUCACGCGCAGUUUGGACUUAUUUACUCUUUGAAAAGUCAGAAGUUCAAACCGUCCUUAAGAACUUUUGCAAGAUGACUGAGAAACAAUUUUCCAAAGAAGUUAAGGUUGUUCGCAGUGAUAACGGAACCGACUACUCCUCAACAGAAUGGACGAGUAGAAAGAAAGCAUCGCCACAUUCUGAAUAUGCACGUGCUUUGCUGUUUCAGAGUAACUUGCCGAUCAAGUUUUGGGGGGAGGCGAUUUUGACUGCAGCAUACCUGAUUAAUCGAACGCCUUCAGCUGUGCUUGGUCAUCGCUCACCGUACGAGCUUCUGUAUAAUGAGAAACCAAGUUACUCACAACUCCGUGUCUUCGGGAGUCUUUGUUUUGUUCAUCAUCGGUCGCGUGAUAAAGAUAAGUUUGGGAAACGAAGUCGGCGGUGUGUUUUUGUUGGCUAUCCUUAUGCACAAAAAGGAUGGAAGGUGUAUGAUCUUGAUAAACACGAGUUCUUCAUCUCCCGUGACGUUGUGUUCCAGGAAUCAGAGUUUCCUUACUCAGCACCAACACUCGUUUCUAUUAACAAAGAACCCGUAGUUCCAAAUACAGAACCAGACGGUGAUUGGGAAAACACUAAUCUACCUGUCUUAGAAGACAGGGGGAGCUCGUCAGGCUCAGCAACUCCUCCUGUGGCCACAGUUGUAGAGCAAACAACGCCAUCGUCAUCUCCUACGACUGAUGUUGGGACAGUCGACAUUGACCAAUCUCCGCUGAAUGUUGUUGCUCCUGCAUCCCCUGCUGCUAAUACGCCAGUUGUGCAACCGGUAGAAGAAGUCUUCGGUCGAGGACAACGACCUCGUGUUCCGUCUGUUAAACUCAAGGAUUAA